AUGGAUUCUUUGGAUCAAAAGAUGAAUCCAAAUCAACUGGCCUUCCUUGUGUACCGCUAUCUCUCGCUCAACAAGUUUUUCUCAUCACGCACCCACUUUCUUAAAGAGGCUAACCCUCUCAUUGCUAAUGCCAUAAUCAACAAAGAGGUGCCAUCGAGUGUGAUGAGUUUGGCAGAGAUGAUGGAUGAGUAUGUCUCCUUGAAGAAGCAAGUGUUGUUGCUGAAUCAAGAAAAGGCUGCCAUGAUGCAAGAGAAAAACAUUAUUCGGAUGCUAUUGCAAGGGAAUAAUCUUAUCAACACUAAUUCUGCAAUCGGUGUUCCUAAUACUACACAAAACGCAACUCAUAUCUACUCACAGUCUGUGUCCAUCGAAACCAAUUUGGAUACCACAAAUUUCUCCACACCCAUGAUUAGCAAGAAGAGAAAACAUAGUGAACCAAUAAAUGACCCUACAGUUAGGGAUGUUGCAAAGAAGCGUCGUGGUAGACCCCCUGGCAGUAAAAAUCGUGUUCUGCGGACACAUUCCUCUCACAAUGAUACAAAUGUAUCUCUUACCAACAUUCCUCCGAUUGUUCCAAUAUGUAAUGUGGAGGCUACUCCCUCUCACAUUCAAACAAAUGUAUCUCCUACCACCAUUCCUCCAAUUGUUCCAAUAUGUAAUGUGGAGGCUACUCUCUCUCACAUUCAAACAGAUGUAUCUCCUACCAACAUUCCUCUGAUUGUUCCAAUAUGUAAUGUGAAGGCUACUCCCUCUCACAUUCAAACAAAUGUAUCUCCUACCACCAUUCCUCCAAUUGUUCCAAUAUGUAAUGUGGAGGUUACUCUCUCUCACAUUCAAACAAAUGUAUCUCCUACCAACAUUCCUCCAAUUGUUCCAAUAUGCAAAGUAAUUAAGAAGGAUCAUGAAAGGAGCCUAUUGGACAUUUUUACAUCUCUGUUUGAUGAGGAACUUGACAUAUCUGACAUUAAUUAUUCAGACUCAGACAUGGAGAUGGACUUGGGUGAUUCUCUCGUCAACUAG